CCAAAAACCGCUUUCACAUCUUUCUGUAAAAAAAAAAAAAAAAACGCUUUGACACACUCUAGAGCCACCUCCUAACUCCGACAACUCCGAGUAAUCGCUGGCGGCGACGGUGAGUUUCGCGAUCUGACGGCGACGGUGGCCAGGUUACAGUGCAAGACCAAGGAGGUUGAGCGCAGAAGCUUCGUCAGAAAGUGCGAGAGGACCCGGGAGAUCUUUAGGGAUUACGUUGGGAGAAACAUUGAAAUAUGCUUCUCGCUGUGAAUCACUUCAUCACCAGCUCAAUACCGUGUCCAAACCACGAGGGGUUAAGAAAGGCACAUCCAUACCAAUCCCUCCCUGUGAAGGUUCUGUCUAGUUUGAAUAGAUUUUCAGACUUCAAGACUCUAGAAGCCACUUCUCUACCUUCUGCACCAAGGAAAGUGUGUGAUUGCUUUGAUUUGUACAACGAGCUAGUGCCAUAUGGAAAGGCAUGGUCUUGGCAAAAGAGCUUUGUGAAUGAGAAAAAGGCUUUGAUUGGAAGGAAUGAAGAUUGUCCCGACACUCUGAUCGUUCUCCAGCAUGACCCUGUUUAUACAAUGGGUACAGGCAGUUCUGACGAGUUCCUUAAUUUUGACCCGGAAGAUGCUCCGUACAAAGUGUAUAGAACGGAACGUGGCGGUGAAGUGACAUAUCAUGGUCCUGGCCAGCUUGUUAUGUACCCAAUUAUAAAUCUUCGGAAUCACAAGAUGGAUCUUCAUUGGUACCUCAGGGCACUGGAGGAGGUGGUCAUCCGUGUUCUUGAUAAAACAUUUUCGAUCAAGGCUUCUCGACUUGAUGGUUUAACUGGAGUCUGGGUCGGCAACCAGAAAUUGGCUGCAAUUGGGAUCAGGGUAACUCAGUGGAUAACAUAUCAUGGCCUGGCGCUGAAUGUCACCACGGAUUUAACCCCUUUUGAGCGUAUAGUCCCAUGUGGGAUACGAGACCGGCAAGUCGGAAGUAUCAAAGGGCUUCUUGAAGAGUCUCAGUCGAUCAUAGAAUGUGGAGGAGCAAAUGUACGUUAUCUGAAUGAUCGCGAGCUGAUUGAUGUUGCUCACAAAUCUUUGAUCCAGGAGUUUUCAGAAAUUUUCCAGCUUAGAAUCCAUAAAAAAACCAACUCUCUCAAAGUAUGACAUUUAAAAAGAAAUUUUGAGAUGAUCAGCUAAGAAGGUUAUUAGUAGAGAAAUUGGACACAGUACGCCUAAGACGACCCUGGAAGACUCCUUUUUCUCUCUUCUUUCACAAGGCAUUGCGGGCUUGAGGGCUUUUUCUUCUUUAAAAGGCACACAAAGUCCCCCCUGUUCAUAUUGAAUCAUUGAUAGUGAUUAUAAGACUUCGAAAUGCACUCCUUCGAUUUAGCUCUGUUGGAUCCUAGUUAGCAACUAACUUGACAUGCAAUGUACAAUACUUAUACAUGUACUUCGGUAUUUUUGAAUUAAAAUUUACACACAAAUUCCAUA